UUCCUGAAAACGGGUGGGAAGGAAAUAGCGCGUGCUGAACUCGAGCGUGUUGUGUUUGAGUCCUGCCAGCUGGAUUUUACUGACUUUUACACUCGCGAUGUUUUCUUCCGCACUGACAAGGAGAAUGCUCUGUGCUGUUUGCCGGACGUCCCUUCGGUCUCCUGUCACAGCAGCAGUGGUGACCCGGGGGUACCGGGGUGAUGCUCCAGAACCUAAUCUGAUAGAGAUCCCCCUGCCGCCGUGGCAGGAGAGAAAAGACGAGUCUCUGGACAUCAAGAGAAAGCGUCUGCUGUACGAGAGCCGAAAGAGAGGCAUGCUGGAGAACUGCAUCCUCCUCAGUAUUUUUGCUAAGCAGUAUCUGGAGAGCAUGAGUGAAGCUCAGCUCCGUCAGUAUGACAGGCUCAUCAAUGAGCCGAGCAACGACUGGGACAUCUACUACUGGGCUACAGAAGCGAUGCCGACUCCAGAUGUGUAUCAGGGAGAUGUAAUGGAUCUGCUGAAGGAGUUCACAAAAAACAGACAGAUGGAGCAGAGGCUGGAUGCACCAAACCUGGAGUACCUCGAUAAAAGCCAGUGAAGCCUGUCAACUUACUGUCCUGUCAACUCCAGGGGGUGCCAGUACAAGGUUAAGAUGCCUUGCCAAUCAGAACCCUAUUAAAGGGGUAGUUUGGACAAAUAUGUUAAAAGGAAUAUGCUAAAUAGCAUAAUGAGCUAAUGCUAAUUGAUGGCUACUAGCUUCUGUUUCUUAUUAGCAGCAUUUAGCAUAUUUGGCCAAAUUGUUCCUUAAUGCUCACAUUUGUCAACAAAAUGCAGAUCAGUUAAAAAAUAAAUUAAUUUCCUGUUUUAGAUUAAAGGAAUGUGUAAAUCUGUGUGACUGCUCUGAGCUGAGUGGUGCAGUUUCGCUGUUGAUAUCUGAGAGAAAGUGACUAUUAUAAUUCUUAUUAUUUCUUUUAUUGAUUGUGUACAGUAAUUAUGAUAUGAAACUAUAUAGUAGUAUAUUAAAAGGUAUGCUUAUCAAUGA